GUAGAUGGAACAUCUUAAAAUGCUGAUGCUAUUAUCCUAUAUGCUUGGCUUUUUAAUUUUUCCAAGUGUACAAGGAGCAAUUGGGUUCAAUUCAAAGGAUCAGUCGUCGUGUGUUCUCCAAGAUGAACCAAGACAGUGCGGUUCCUUUUGCCUGGCCGCACUCAGCCCGCUUUUCGACCAUUCUCGAAAUAUCCGAAAAAGGUUGGAUGAAAUCGAGGCAGGACUGAAGGCCGUAUUCGAUUCGAGACUCAAGCAGGAACUCAUCACAAAAGAAGACUUCGCGAAUUCAAUUAAUGCUCUGCAGGCCAAGCUGGAUGCGAGAUUUGACAGAAUGGAGGAAGUUAGGACGAUAAAAAUAACAGCCGAUGCCUACGAUGAUCUCAAAAGCCAAGGAAGUACUUUGAAAGACACCAUACAAAAAUUGCAGAGUCAGUUAGAAAUAUCCGAAGGUCAAACCAAAAGCAAAGAGGAUCUUUUAAAUGUGAAAGAGGAGCACCUUAAUAAUAGGGAUGAACAAAUCUCUGACCUUAGGAAUCAAAUUAAAUUGAUUGAGAAAACAAAAUCAGAACUAUCUACUCAGCUUUCCGACUUGCAUAAAUAUUAUGACAUUUUACCUGACUCUUGUCCCAGUGGCAGUCCCAAUGGUAUUUACCAAAUAAAGCUUCGGGGUCUUGAACCCUUUGAAGCGCCAUGUGCGACGUCUCCACCUGGUUAUACUGUGAUUCAUAGACGCAUUGAUGGAUCCGAGAACUUCCAUCAAAACUGGGAGGAAUACAAGUCUGGAUUUGGGAAUGUCAGUGGAGAAUUCUUCAUCGGGCUGGAAAAAUUGCAUCGGAUGACUGAGGCACGACCCCACGAACUCUACAUUAAACUUGGGAAUGUUAAUGGAUCCACCGGCUACGCUCAUUAUGAUGACUUUAAGAUUGGGAGUGAGGAGGAAUUGUACGAGUUGAAGAAUCUAGGGAAUUAUUCUGGUGAAGCCGGAGACUCCCUUACAUACAGUAGGAACCAAAAGUUCUCCACAAUUGAUCGGGAUAAUGACAAUUAUAUACAUAUGAAUUGUGCCUAUGUAGAUGGUGCAUGGUGGCACAACAAGUGUUCAUACUGUUCGCUCAAUGGAGAAUACUUCAAAGAUGGCAGAGGUAUUGGAGGAAUUAAUUGGUACUCAUGGCAUGGAGAUUGGGAUGAAUCACUUACCUUUGUUGAAUUGAUGAUAAGGCCCAAGUUCUAA